CUCGUCACACUAACGCUUUGAAUGACAGCUACUGUGAGGCUGCAGGUGAAAUUAUCCAGUUUAUCUUGUGAGUUGUUGCGACAGAGUUCAGCUGUUUGAAACACUGGCGUCUUCAAGUAACUAGAAUGGACCGGUUGAAUUAGACCCCGAGAAGCAAUCUUCAACAGGGGCCUCUGCAGGAAUGGAGAACGGAAGCUUAAUGAAUUUGAUGGACUAUGGGGAGUCACUGUGGGAGAAUGCAGAGAAGAACCGGUACAUCUUGUGCCGUUUCAUCAACCCCAACAAGCUAACCUCAUAUCUGCGGCAAUGCAAGGUCAUCGACGAACAAGACGAAGACGAGGUGCUCAACUCGCGUCUGCUAGAGUCCAAAGUCAACCGAGCAGGUCGGUUGUUGGAUAUCCUGCAUACGAAGGGAGAACGAGGUUAUGUGGUUUUUUUAGAGAGUCUGGAGUUGUACUACCCUGACCUCUACAAACUCGUCACGGGGAAGGAGCCCACUCGCAGAUGUUCUACUAUAGUCGUGGAAGAGGGCCAGGAAGGACUCAUCCAAUUUUUAAUGAAUGAAGUCAUAAAGCUGCAGCAGCAGUCCAAGGCCAAAGACGUGCAGCGGGUGGAUAUCAUGACCAAAUGCCGCACGCUAGAGGACGAUACCAAGAAGCUGCGGCUGGCCAACCGGGAGCUGCUGACUUUCCAGGAGCGCUACAAUAAGAUGAAAGAAGAGCGCAAUAACUAUAAUGAUGAACUUAUUAAGGUGAAGGAUGACAACUAUCAGCUGGCCAUGCGGUACGCUCAGCUCAGCGAGGAGAAGAAUAUGGCCGUGAUGAGGAGCCGAGACCUUCAGCUAGAGAUUGACCAACUAAAGCACAAGUUGAACAAGGUGGAGGAGGAGUGCAAAAUGGAGAGGAGGCAAUCUCUGAAACUGAAGAAUGACAUUGAGAACCGGCCUCGGAAAGAACAGAUAUUUGAGCUGGAGCGAGAGAAUGAGGUCUUGAAGAUCAAACUCCAGGAGCUGCAGUCCAUCAUACAGCCUGGGCCUCUACCUGAUUCAGACAAGGCCAUCUUGGAUAUCCUGGAGCAUGACCGACAGGAGGCUCUGGAGGAUCGUCAGGAGUUAGUCAACAGACUAUAUAACCUGCACGAAGAGGUCCGACAGGCUGAGGAGCUUCGGGACAAGUACCUGGAAGAGAAGGAGGACCUUGAAUUGAAGUGCUCCACGUUGGUGAAGGACUGCGAAAUGUACAAGAACCGCAUGAAUACAAUCAUGGUGCAACUGGAGGAGUUGGAACGUGAGCGGGACCAGGCUUUCAAGUCAAGAGAUGAUGCCCAAUACCUUGUGUCUCAAUGCCUGAUUGACAAAGAUAAGUAUCGCAAGCAAAUACGGGAGUUGGAAGAGAAGAGCGACGAACUUCAAAUUGAAAUUGUACGCAAAGAAGCCAAGAUAGUCAACCUGGAGUGCAAAUUGAGACGGAUGGCCAAGGAAAAUGGUUUGGAUCAGAGUCUGCCACGAGACAUUACUCCACUAAUUAUAGCUCAGCACUUUGGGCAACCCGAUGCAAAUACAGGCGGUCCUUCAGAGGACUCCGGAGAAGAAGCUGUUGAUGAGCAGGAGUUUAAGCUCCAACGCAGAUGUAACCUCAAAGGCAGAAUUAACAGACCAAAAUCCCCAGCAGCUGGACCCAAAAGUCCUCAAUUCCCAGCCGUGCCUUUCACCAAUGGAGAUCUGUCAGAACCUGCAGCCACUGACAACACAGGUCUUACCGGUGCCAGUGUAAUGAUUUCUCCUGCAGAGAUCUUCAGUAAACAUCUGCGUUGCCGUAAUGACAGUAUCUUGUCCACUGCGCCAGAGCCUCCGGGCCCUCAAUCCAUCGUCAGGAGAACCAAAGAGAACCCAAACUCUCAAUACAAGUGUGUUCCCUUAUCAGACACUGGAGAUACUGACAGUGGAGACAAUGCCGAUAUGGAUGACCAUGACUUAGACAUGUCGUCCUACGGGCCUUCAUCCAUCCACUCAUCUUCGUCUUCCCACCAGUCUGAGACAAUGGACACAUAUGAUCUGGAGCAAGUCAAUAACAUCUUUAGGAAAUUCUCUUUGGAGAGACCGUUUCGUCCGUCAUUGACCUCAGGCCCUCAGCGAAACUCGUUGCGGCCGGUGCAGAGCCUUUCUCUCUCUGGAGAAAACCUUCUGUCGGAAAUCACUCUGAUUGGUGGAAAUGAUAGUGGCAUCUUCGUGUCCUCUGUUCAGUCUGGCUCUGAUGCAGAUCAGGCCGGAGUUAAAGUCGGACACCAACUUUUAAUGCUGGAGGGCAGUGUCCGUGGAGAAGCCCAGAAUGUGGCUUUGGACACCUGUACCAAGGAGGAAGCACACUGGACCCUGCAGAGAUGCUCCGGACAGGUGCAUCUCCAUUACAAGUUAAACCAUGAUGGCUACAGGCGGCUGCUGAAGGAUAUUGAAGAUGGCACAGUGGUAUCCGGAGACUCCUUCUACAUACGUCUCAAUCUGAACAUCUCCAGCCAGUUGGACAACUGCUCACUGAACGUACGAUGUGACGAGGUUCUCCAUGUUCUGGACACCAUGCACCAGGGCAAAUGCGAGUGGCUGUGCGCCCGUGUGGACGCUUUCACCGACAAGGACCUAGAGAAAGGCACCAUACCGAGCUACUCCAGGGCCCAGCAGCUCCUCUUGGUGAAGAUUCAGAAGCUGAUGUGUCGAGGAGGUCGAGAGGAAGUCGAAACUCUGCGAGGGCUCCGGAACACCUUACAACCUGAGGAACCAGCACCUUCUCCAGACCCCAAGUCUAGUCCACGUCUGUCGAGAGCCAGUGUCUUCAUCUUUCAGUUAUUACAGUUUGUCAGCAGGGUGGAUAACAAGUACAAGAGGAUGAACAGCAGUGAGCGUGUCCGCAUUGUCAAUGGAGGAAAUCCAUCAUCAGUUUCCAGACCAGGUUUUGAAACCCUGAGGCCUGAGGACACAUCUGACCCAGAGAGUGACUUAAACAAGAGCUUGAAUCUGAUCCCGUACAGUCUAGUGACCCCACACCAAUGCCAGCGCAAAAGACCCGUCCUCUUCACCCCCAACAUCCUAGCUAAGACCAUCGUCCAGAAGUUCCUUAAUCUCGGAGGUGCUAUGGAGUUCAAUAUCUGUAAACCAGACAUUGUGACAAAAGAUGAAUUCCUCAUGAAACAGAAGAUAGAGCCCAUCAUUUAUUCCAAAGAAAAGCAGGCAGGCACAUACGAAUGCAUCACCCCAGAAAAUAUCGAAGCGGUUGCCUUCAAGAAUAAGCACUGUCUUCUUGAAGCUGAUCUGAGCUGUGUCAAAGACCUUUUGAGGAGAGAGAUCUACCCCAUUGUGAUCUUCAUCAAAAUCUGUGAGAGGAACAUCAAAAAACUAAGAAGGCUUCCUCUGAAGGUGGACUCUGAGGAGGAGUUCUUGAAGAUGUGUCGCUUUAAGGAGAAGGAGCUGGAGACGUUGCCGUGCUUGUACGCAGGCGUGGAGCCUGACUCUUGGGGUGGGGUGGAGGAUCUUGUCAAGAUCAUCAAGGACAAGAUUUUUGAGGAGCAGAAGAAAACGGUCUGGGUGGAGCAGGACUUGCUAUAACCUGAUCACGGAAGCUAGUUAGGCUUACGGCGUUUCUGCGUAUCAAAACUGUCUGUUUGCAGCUUGGGUGGAAUGUGUGCAUGCAGCACAGGCGUGUGAACAGGAAGUGACUUUGUCGAAGGCCACAGCAUGCUGAGGUGUGUUUCUCUCUGCUGUCAAAAAAAAAAAAAAAAAAAAAACACAAAACACACACGGACAAGGAACGGUACCAUGUGAUGCACCUGAGAUUCAUAUAGUAAGCAGAGGAAAUGUUCUGAGCUUCUUAUCUAUUAUUCUCCUGAAGCGAAGCUGUUGUCAAUAAAACAUUUUCCUUCUCACCAUCCACCUGUAAUGCUCAAUAUAGUGCUGCCCACUGCAUUUUUCUUCAGUUUUAUUCUGGCUGAUUUGUGUAUAACUGUAAAUUGAAUCUGAUGCAAUUAUUGUUGCAAUAUACAGUAUGUACGUUUAAUCUUUAUAGGCACAUAAAUUAAUAUAGUUAAUUCAUCACUUCUAUAUUUAUUUUAACACAAGCCCACUUUUUUAAUGUGUUUUCUAAGUCAAUAACACACGUGUGGCUUUAACUCUGUGCCCAUUUCAGCUGCUAUCUAAAAUACUUGCCAAGGUUUUACGUGUUUUAAGUAUACUGUAGUUCAAUGGCAUUAUAUGUGUUUCCAUGUUGAGCUCACAACUGUUAUUUGCAACUUUGUUUUUUUUUUUUUAAUGUUGGCAUUAUUUUGGAGUCUGUUUAAGCUGUCAUUGACGUCCUAAGGUGGGCUCUCAGAUGUUAUCAUAGCGAGAGAUGACUUACUGCUUGCCAUUUAGACAUACCAUGAUUUAUAGGUAGCUUACAAAUAUGUACAUUUUAGGUUAAAAUGUAUGUGAAUGUAUAAGGGAAAAUGUAUAUUUUAGGUGUUUUUUGUAAUUCAGUACUGAAAUAUUGAAUGAUGUCAACUACCCUUAUACUGACCCCUGUGAUUUUAAACAUAUAUGUGUAUAUAAUGAUAUAUAUUUAUUGUUGAGAAUGAUGAAGGGGAAAUUUACUGCACAAGCCUUAGCACCUGUUUAAUAAAAAUCAAACCGCAACUCUAUUAUCUAGAAGUCAGGAUGUUUUUUAGCUAAUGUUUGUAUAUGUAAUGGCAUCUUAUCCAGGGGUGUACAUGUGUUGAGGGGUAUCAAUUUUGGAAAAAUGACACAAAUUUGUCACUUAUUAAGAUAUUAAGAAACUUUUUUUGUGUGUAAUAACCCACUUCCAAGCCGUGAUUUUAACUAUUUUUGUACAUAUUAUUUUGUAAACAGACACAGGAAUGUACUUCGCAGCUGAAACAACAUUACACAUUGUGUGUUUUAUGUAAUAAAAGGAUUUGAGAAGCA